AUGGAUGAUCGAAAGAAACCUGAUGGCAAUGCGCAAGAUGGUAGAUUCAAGCCGCCAUUACCGUAUCAAGGAUUAGCUAGCCGUGUAGUGAACAUCGAAGGGAAUGUUUUCGCUCCUCGUAGGGGUAUUGUUUCGAACAAUCAAUCUGAACCGAAAAAGAUUAAUGUAAUAGAUGAACUGUUGAAGGUAACUCAGCCAGUAGUUAACGAGUAUGUAACCCCUGAUGUAUCCCAUAUUGAGCCGAUUAGGGCUGAUGUCAGCGAAGCCGGAGAUGUUAAUCAGGUUAAGCCGAUUUCUUAUGCUGACUCUUUGAAGAUUCAGAACCCUCCUAAGAUUAACUUCAGGUCUCUAGCUAGUUCCAUGCAGCAUGAUGAUUGUGAUGUCGUUUUACCGGUAGAAUCGGUUAGGGUUGUGCAGGAUAAGUUAGCGAAUACUUUGUACGGGUAUUUCUUGGGAGACCGCAUUGCUUACCCUGUAGUGGAAUUUUUUGCUAAAAAUAACUGGAAAAAGUAUGGUCUGCAGAGGUCAAUGAUGAAUGCAAAUGGCUUCUUCUUUAAGUUUGCUGAUCGGAAAGGUAUGGAGGAUGUACUGGCUUCGGGUCCAUGGAUAAUAAGGUCACAACCUUUCUUUCUUCAGGAAUGGAGCCCGUCUACAAAGCUUGAAAAGAAGGAGGUUACUAAAGUUCAGGUAUGGGUUAAAAUCCAUGAAGUUCCUUUAGCUGCCUACACGGAGGAUGGUCUUAGUAUGAUUGCAACUGCUAUUGGAGAGCCUAAGCUCCUUGAUUCUUAUACUACCUCGAUGUGUGUGGACAACUGGGGUCGUAGUAGUUUCGCUAGAGCUCUUGUGGAGGUGUCGGCUGAAAAGAAUCUUAAGGAGGAAAUCACUAUGGCUAUUCCUAAGCUGAAUGGGGAAGGUUUUAUGAAAGAGACAUUGUAUGUUGAAUAUGAAUGGAACCCACUCCGGUGCUCGGCGUGUUGUGUCUUCGGGCAUUCUGAUGAUACGUGCCCUAAGAAGCCAGCGGUUCAUGCUCAUACGGCUAGUCAAAAGGGGAGUAGACAACCUGGUAACCAUGGCAAAUCACAAAGGAAAGCAGCCCCUAAAGUUGAUGAUGAUGGAUAUACGGAUGUUCCUCUUAAAAAGAUGGCAAGAAAAUCAGGUAUCCCGAUUUCUAAGCCCAAACCAAAGUUUGAGUAUAGACCGAUUAGUAACAAGCAGAUUCAGGGUUUACAUACAAACUCGGAUAACGUUGGUAGUAGCAAGAAAUCUGAUAAUUCGGGGGUCCUCGUGUCUCGUAAUCGGUUUGAUGUUCUAAGUGGUGAAGUUGGGGAAUCUAGCGGUACGGCUAGGAGAGUAGAUGAUGGAGCGGAAUCUUCGGAUGAUGAAGAGGUGAUAGAGGUGGGGUUGAACCGCCCGCUAAAACAAAAUGAGGUUCGUCAGGUGGUCAAAGAUAACAAGUUAACUUUAUGUGCGAUUCUUGAGUCUCAUGUGGGUUUGGAUAAUCUUCAGAAGGUUUGCAAAGCUGUUUUCCGUAGAUGGGAUUGGACUUCAAAUGGGGGUUGUUGUAAUAAAGGAGCUCGGAUUAUUUUGGGAUGGGAUCCCUUGGAGGUCGAUGUUAUGGUUCUGUCGAUGUCAGCUCAAGUCUUACAUAUUCAGGUUUUUUGUAAGGCUAAUAAUCGUAUGUUCUUCUGCUCCCUUAUAUAUGCUGCGAAUUAUUAUGUUGAUCGGAGGGAUCUUUGGCAGAGUUUACGUGUGCAUAAUGGUCUCGCUCAUGAUAAACCGUGGGUGAUAAUGGGAGAUUUCAAUUCAGCCUUGAAUACUGAAGAUAAGUCUUGUGGCUCUUCAUCUGUUACAUCUAGUAUGCGUGAGUUUAAAGACUGUCUUCAAGAGAUUGAAGUUUUCGAUAUAAACCGGAUAGGACUACAUUUCACUUGGAGUCAAAAGCCCAAAGAAGGUAUUGGUUUGUUGAAAAAGAUUGAUAGAGUGUUGGGCAAUGCUUCAUUCGUUGGUGCCUACCCGGAAUCGGUUGCCAUUUUCAGGCCCUAUGGUAUCUCGGAUCACUGUCCUUGUAUCUUAAAGCUUUUCUCGGCUGGUAAAUCUAAACCAAAACCUUUCAAGUUUGCAAACUUUCUGGUGCAUAAGCCGGGUUUCUUGGAUAUUGUUAAAUCUAAAUGGGAUGUGCACAUUAAUGGAGUUCAUCAGUUUCGAGUUAUGAAAAAACUCACGCUUAUGAAAUCUUCGCUUCGUGUCCUCUUGUUUCAACAAGAAGCGGCUAUCCAAAAGGAGUUUCAGGAGGCUUUGCUUGAUGAGGAAAGAUUCCUCAAGCAGAAAUCUAAAGUGGAGUGGCUCCGUGCGGGUGAUGCUAAUACGGCUUAUUUCCAUUCGUCCCUAAAGUGUAAAAACCAUUUUAAGCGUAUUGAUGUGAUAUCGGAUUCGAAUGGCAACACUUAUGAAGGGGAUAAUGUGGCUGCGGCUUUUGUCAGUCAUUAUGAGCAGUUUUUGGGGUGUGCGGGUCAGAUUUCUUUACAGCCAUCUCCGGAUAUUUUCACUAACAAGCUGGAUUCUGAUUCUGCUAAUCAUAUGACGCGUCCGGUUACAUUGGAGGAAGUUAAAUCAGCUAUGUUUUCGAUUGGGAAUGAUAAAGCCCCUGGUCCUGAUGGCUACACGGCUGCGUUUUUUAAAGGUUCUUGGCAGAUUGUGGGGAGUGAUGUUUCAAAUGCUGUUCUUGACUUUUUCAACACUGGUAAUCUGCUGAAGCAACUCAAUCAUACGUUAGUCGUUCUGAUUCCAAAGGUAUCGUCUCCGACUAGAAUUACUGACUAUCGUCCUAUUUCCUGCUGUAAUGUCAUUUUUAAAUGCAUUAGCAAAGUGCUAGCAGAUAGGCUGAAAGGUUCUUUAAGCAAGAUUGUGAGCAUAAACCAAUCAGCUUUUGUUCCUGGUCGGAAAAUUUCGGAUAAUAUCCUUCUUACGCAAGAAUUGAUGCACAAUUACCAUCGCCAUUUUGGCCCUCCUCGAUGUGCGUUUAAAGUUGAUAUCCAGAAGGCUUAUGAUACGGUAGAUUGGGGUUUUCUUAAGAAUGUUUUACUCGGGUUCGGUUUUAACGACAUUAUGGUCAACUGGAUCAUGUUAUGUGUGUCUACGGCCUCCUAUUCGAUAUGUGUCAACGGGAAUAUUCAUGGUUAUUUUCAGGGGAAAAGAGGGUUAAGGCAAGGUGAUCCUUUAUCCCCUUAUCUUUUCACUCUCGUGAUGGAAGUUUUGACGUGUAUUCUCAAUCAUGCUACAAGGAUUGAUUCGUCCUUCAGGUUUCAUAAUAAAUGUGAAAAGCAGCGUAUUGUUAAUCUUUGUUUCGCGGACGAUUUAUUCCUAUUUGCUAGAGGUGAUGUGAGUUCGGCUAGAUGUAUUAUGUCUUCGCUCACGAAGUUCACUCGAAUGUCGGGGCUGAUUCCGAGUGCGCAGAAAAGUACAGGAUUUUUUUGUAAUGUGCCGAAUAAUGUUAAAAGGGAAAUCUUGUCUAUCAUGCCUUUCGUGGAGGGUUCGUUGCCGGUAAAAUAUUUGGGGGUUCCACUUAUUUCUUCUAGACUCUUGUACAAGGAUUGUAGUGUUCUUGUGGAGCGUCUUGAAAAUCGGAUAGAUAAUUGGAAGAACAGAAUGUUAUCUUUUGCAGGCAGGUUGCAAUUAAUCAUUUCCGUCCUUUCGGCUCUUCAUGUGUAUUGGUCUUCGGUUUUUAUUUUACCAGCUAGAGUCAUUAAGGAGUUGGAAUCAAAAAUGCGUAAUUUCCUUUGGGCUCAAUCGCCUUCUCAGCGGGGUAGGGCGAAAGUAUCUUGGAGUUCGGUUUGUGUGCCUAAACAUGAGGGAGGUUUGGGUAUUCGUCGGAUCGCAGAUGUAAAUAAAGCUCUCAUGGUGUCGCAUAUUUGGAGCAUUCUAAGCAACCGUAAUUCGCUUUGGGUGGCUUGGAUUCACUCUUAUCGUUUAAAAGGUCGGAGUUUUUGGGAUCAUAGGGUUCCGACUUCUUGCUGUUGGAGUUGGAGGAAGAUAUCUCAACUUAGGCCUUUAAUUAGACAGCAUGUUUGGUCUCAAAUUGGGAACGGUAAUAACACUUAUGCUUGGUUUGACUUGUGGAGUUCUAUCGGUCCGUUAUGCAAUUUUCUAACUCCUAGAGUUAUAAUCAGAGAGGGUUUCUCGCUGAAUGCUACAGUGGCGGAUGUUCAUACGGAGGGCUCCUGGUUAUGGCCGGAUGCAUGGAGAGAUACUUAUCCGGUGCUUAUACAAUUAGAUCUCAUGCAACGGAACGUGAAUAACCAGGAUCGGCUGUUGUGGAGGGAUGGUGACAAGCUUAGCGAGUACUCCUCUUCAGGGGUCUGGAAUUCGGUUCGGGCUAGGGAGCAGGAGGUGAAUUGGGCGAGUAUUGUUUGGUUCUCUCAAUGUGUUCCUCGGCACGCCUUUUUGAUGUGGCUCAUUGUUCGACGAAAGCUUCUAACUCAAGAUAAGAUCUUGCAAUGGAGCUAUCCCCGGAGAAAAAAUAUGAACAUGAUGUGCUGCCUCUUAUGCUAUGAAAAUGUGGAUUCGCAUGAUCACUUGUUUUUUAAGUGCAAGUUGUCCUCGGAAAUAUGGUGCACGGUCCGAUCUAAAGUUGGUAUGGAUAGUGUUGAGCCGCGAUGGACCGAGAUUGUGGAAUGGUUGAAGCAUCGGUCGCGUUCGAAAUCAGCGACAAACCUGCUGUGUAAAUUGAUAGUUGCAGCCUCUAUGUAUGUUAUUUGGCAGGAAAGAAACAAUCGUUUGUUCAAAAACCAUGCGAGGCCUCCGGACAUCAUUUCUAAAGCCGUGAUAGAUAGUGUCAGAUACAAGUUGAUGGGGCUCAGAUUCAAGAACACAACUAGAGUUCGGGAGUUGCUGGAAAAAUGGGAGAUUCAUGAUGCUGAUUUACUUAUGGAGAACGGUUAA